CGACAUUUGGAGAGGGGCGGGGCGGGUCCGGGCGGGUGCGCUAGUGGCGACGGCGUUGGUCAGUAUAGGCAAGAGGGAGCGAGAGACCGGCGGACUGUGUUUGUCCAGGGGGAGGGCUUAAUGGGCGGAGGGGAUGUGGCGGCACCCGAGGAUUUGGAGCCGCCAACGACAGCGCCCUCGUGCCGGCCAUAAGGCUGCCCUUUCCCUUCUCCGCUCAGGCCGUACUUCCUGUUUUACUUGUCCAAUGGACCCUAAAUAACAUUGAAUGUUAAGUCUGGAAAUUUCAUAAACUCUGCAGCGGCUGGGAUGUUGCGACAGAACGGCGGAGGCAACAAGCGUGGUUUAGGAUUAACCAAACUAUCUACCUCCAAUUUCUUCACCAUCUCUAACUCAGGAAACUGGGGGAUGGGGCGCAGUACCAAGAGCAGCUCUCUGAGCAGUAUUAGCUCCAACUCUGACUGUUAUGACAGCACUGUUGUGGACCCAGAAUACAUUAUGCAGUUGGUGAAUGAUGUCAGAAAAUUUGCAGAUGUUCUGUUUUAUUUGAGAGAAGCCAUUCUUUCAGAAGAAAAUCAGGAUUGUCUUCAUCAUGUUGUUCAUGAACGUUUGGGUGAGCUGCUGCGAGUUCUAAAGGCAAUAAUUAGCAAACACCCAAGUCUCAACUCGGUUGACCUUCUAAGUGCUGCAGGAACAGUAAUUGCAAAAGUAAAAGCUGUGAACUUCAAGGAGGUUAAUGAAGAAAACAAGCGAGAAGUCUUAAGUGAAAUAUUCUCUUCUAUUGAUACACUAGCAUUUACCUUUGGGAACAUAGUUUCAGACUUCCUUAUGGGAGAUGUCGACAAUGGCUCAGCAUUGGGUCUUCCUGUAUCUCGACAGAGUCAGUCUUUUGAAAAUCUUUCUGUGGAUUCUGGGGGAUCACUGCAUGAAAGGGAUGACAUUCAAGGGGCAGGGCACUUUAGAAGUGAAGAAGUUGAUAGCAUUCUUUUAAGAAGUGAUAAUGGCAUUGAAUCGGCUCUGUCCUAUGCUAAAGCAUGGUCAAAAUACACGAAGGACAUAGUUGCAUGGUUAGAAAAAAAGCUUAACUUGGAAAUGGAGUGUGCUAAAGGCUUGGCAAAAAUGGCUGAAACUACUAAGGCUAUUAUUGGACCCCAGGAUUACAUGCCAUUCCAAUCAAUAUUCAUAAAUGCAUUUCAAAACGAUAUAGAGAACAGUCAGCUUUGGCAACAAACAGCAGCAGCUCUCCAAACUAAUAAAUUUGUUCAGCCACUCCUUGGCAGAAAAAAUGAACUGGAUAAACAAAGGAAGGAGAUCAAGGAGCUUUGGCAACGAGAACAAAAGAAAAUGCAAGAACUGGAAUCCACAGUGAGAAAAGCAAGACUGUUAUAUAUUCAACGGCAAGACGAAUAUGAAAAGGCAAAAUCAUCAGCUGCUCGUGCUGAGGAGGAACAUGUGAACUCCAAUGUGGGCAUUGUCAAAGAUGCCAGCAAACUAGAGAAAAAACGGAAGCUUGAAGAAGAGGCUCUCCAAAAAGCUGAAGAGGCCAAUGAACAUUUCAAAGCCAGUGUGGCUGAAGCUGAAGAAAAGAGAAGUGAUCUAGAAAAUCUCAAAAGUGAUGUCUUAACACAGCUGCGGGAACUUGUGUAUCAGUGUGACUUGACACUUAAAGCUGCAACAGUUAAUCUGUUCCAGAUGCAGCAUGCCCAAGUUGUGUCUGUUCCAGUUAACUGUCAGUCUCUCUGUGAGAGUGCCAAGCUGUAUGACCCAGGACAGAAGUACUCUGAGUUUGUGAAGAAUUUGCCAAAAGAUGAUGUCCCCAUUGAAUCAGGUUCCUUUGAAACUCAGAGCUCUCAGGCUGGAGGGAUUUUCAGUAAACGAUCAAACCAUGCACAUGCAUCCCAAGGAAACUUAUCCCAGUGUUCAGGAGACUUUCCUACUCAUGCAAUAGAAGACAUUGGAAGCCCAUCCUAUUGCCGCUCCCAAAAGAUCGGAGAAAAAAGAUCUUCUAGCAGCACCGAUAUAUCUGUUGCAAGGGGACCACCACCAUUUAGGUCCUGGUCUGUUGGUAACCAAAGUGGAGGAAUGUGCAGUGACUCUGAAAGUGCAGGAGGAAGCAGUGAGUCACGAUCUGUGGACUCUCCAUCUGCAAGUCCAGGAGACUUUAAAAGGAGGCUUCCUCGAACACCGUCUACUGGUACCAUGUCAUCUGCUGAUGAUCUUGAUGAGAGAGAACCACCCUCUCCUUCAGACUGUGGUUUAAAUGAUCUUGCAACAGAAAUUGCCAAUUCACCUGGACCUUUUAGAAACACUGUUCUGUCCAAGGCAGCUCAAACACACAAAUUGAGGAAGCUGAGGGCUCCAUCUAAAUGUAGAGAAUGUGACAGUCUGGUGGUAUUCCAUGGUGCAGAAUGUGAGGAGUGUUCUCUUGCCUGUCAUAAAAAAUGCUUGGAGACUUUGGCUAUUCAAUGUGGCCACAAAAAACUUCAUGGGAGACUUCAUUUAUUUGGAGUAGAGUUUAAUCAAGCUGCCAAAAAUACCCCUGACGGCAUUCCCUUCAUAAUCAAGAAGUGUACCUCUGAAAUUGAAAGCAGAGCCCUUAAUGUAAAGGGUAUCUAUCGUGUGAAUGGAGCCAAAUCAAGGGUUGAAAAGCUUUGCCAAGCAUUUGAAAAUGGAAAGGACUUGGUAGAGUUAUCAGAACUCUAUGCACAUGAUAUAAGCAAUGUCCUUAAGCUGUAUCUUCGUCAGCUCCCAGAACCUUUGCUUCUGUUUCGGCUUUAUAAUGAAUUCAUUGGACUUGCAAAAGAGAGUCAAAAUAUUAAUGAGGAACUCGAUAUGAAACGAAUGAGUCCCAGAUCAAAAAAAGGGCAGUCAGUAUGUAUUGAACUGAAUAGGAUCAUUCUUAAAAUCAAAGAUCUGCUCAAACUGUUACCUGCACAAAACUAUAACACUCUGCAGUUCCUUAUAGGCCAUCUGCACAGGGUUACAGAACACUCUGAUGAAAAUAAAAUGUCUGCCAGCAACCUUGGCAUUAUAUUUGGCCCAACUCUUAUCAGGCCACGUCAGACAGAUGCAACAGUCUCUCUGUCUUCACUUGUGGACUAUCCGUAUCAAGCUCGGGUUGUGGAGCUUCUUAUAACCAAUUAUGAGAAGAUCUUUGACAUUAUGCUGCAGCCAUUAUCAGAUGCAUCUCGGUCUGAUGAAAGUACUAAUACUAAAAGUAUUCUACUAGCAGAAGAUCGAGAAGCACAGCAAAGGAAAACUGCAUCCUGUGUUGCUCUGAAGGAAAACAUCCAGUUAGCCCAAAAUGAGAAUAAAGAUUCAGAAAUGGUUGUAUUGUUUGAAGGACCAAAUAGUAGUAAAGACACACAGAAGAUUUCUGAUGCAUUAACAGACUGGGAUUUACAGCUUGGAGCUAAACACAGUCUUGGAAGGAGAAACUCUCCUUCAGAACCACCUCCUGUCUCAGUUCUGGAAAACCACACUGCAACUAAAAAAGAAUCUGGCAAUGCUGAGAUUCCAGUUUCAAGUCAAGACUGUGAACCAUCUUUCUCUGCAGCUGAGGAUGGUACUAAAACCAGUCACUUAAGACCUAAUCGUCAAAUAACCAAAGUUCAGUUACGCUCUCAGAGGACAAAGCCGGUUGUUCGCCCUGUCAGUUUACCUCUAGGUCAAAUGCUUCCUCCUUGUGUUUUGAAUGAGAAAAAUUCCCGAAAUUCAGGGCUGAGUACAGAAAAGCUUGGCAAAAGCCCUAUUAUUGAAGAGGUUUCUGAGACACCAUUGCUUCCAGCUGUUAAUGUUGGCUGUAGACUUUCUUGUUAUGACCCUCAGACUCUGAAAAAGACUUGGGACAAGCAGUAUAAACAAUAUGAUAUGACUCCAAGGACAGCAAUGAUUGUGACCAAUCUACCACAAGAAAAUCGAACACAGGAGUCAGUAAAUACAUGUGCCUUAGCAUCAUCAAGCAGCAUUGUUAGCAAUUCUGUGAAUGCCAUACUUCCCAAUAAGCCAUAUGCGGUACCUGUCAGAGCUGCAAGGACAACUGCAGAAGGACAAACCCCAGAUUCUAAUCCGCUUGCUGCUUUCAGAACACCAAGAACUUUGCAACCACCACCAGGGACAUUCUAUAAGCCACCAGCCAACAAUAAGGCCAAACAAAACGAUGAGAGUUCUCCUCCUAAACUCUGUACAGAAGUUGUCAAAGAUGAGACUCCAAAGCUAGCAGUGAACCCUGGGCUUGUUCAGGGUUCCUUAGGCUCCUCUAGCCAAAACAUAAAGCAACAAAAAAACAGUUCAGAAGCCGUUUCUCCUACAGACUUGAAGCCCACUUAUCAGAGAUUAAGGCCAAAACGCAUGCAAGAACUGGAACAGAGGGAAGCUCACUUUGUAUAGGGCAACAAAAUUUAUCUGGAACAUUUAUACAGCCUUGUAGUCUUGUCAAGGUGGACUUAAUUCCUAGAGGAUUUCACCUUUGUGCCAUAUUGGAAUUAUUUUUAUAUACAUAUGUACAGAUUUUUUAAAAUAUGAGAUGUAAAAAAAAGCUGUGAAAAAUAAUGAAGUGAGUUUUUUUUAAUGCAUUAGGUUUUUCUGAAAAAUGUAUUUAAAUGCAUUCUCAAUAUAGAAGCAGCUAAUAGAAGGUGCAGCUGAAACACCCAGUUAUCUAAUUGCUUGGGUGUGGAGUUCCCUUCCUGUUUUUGGAAGCCAAUUAAUUCUGCUUGGGCAUAGCAAUGAAAGGAGCCACUUUUUCAGUAUAAAUGAUUUUGAUUAGAUUACAGGGUAUGAAAUAGAGCUACUUAAUUUAAGAAUAAACCAAAGCUUGAAACAUUGCUCUAAAUGUCCAUACUCAUUUUUUUUCCCUAGCCAGUGCAAUUGAAUAUUUUUGCUCCUGAAUAGGUUACAUACUGGCCAAUACGGCCUUUGUAUAUCAUAUAUGUGUGUAUUAUAUAACUUCAUGUUUAUCAGUUGAUUUGUUUUGUCACUUGAAUCUUGCUUGUACAGAAAAUAUGUAUUAUUGAGCUUUACAUGUCCAGUUACCAAGUGGGUUAAAUGUGAAAAAAUCACGCUAGUUCAGGUGCCCUUCAGAAAGGAAGACAAACUUGUGAAAGUGGUACUGCCAUCCCUACUGAUUAAUAAGCCACCAUUCCCUCCUCUCACUGCAAAUAGCAUCUUUUAUUGCUUUGUGCAGAUGGGAUUAAGAUUGUAGUUCUGAGGUAUGAUAAAAUAGGUAAUAAUAUCCAAAAACAGCAGUUAGUAACAACCAAAUGGUUUUCCAUUUUGUAUUGUUUAUAUUUACUGUUUGCUUUAAAUAUAUACAUUAAUGUGUUAACAUUUCACUGUCCAUGUAAUCUAUAAUGCCCUUCCUACUGAAUAUAGAACCUCUUUGUUAAUAUAAUAUGAUAUGAAUUAAUAUACUUGUGUUUACUUAAAAUUACUCUGUACAAAAGAGUUUAUUUUGGUUUGCACAUUGCAAAUGCAAAAGUAUUAACAUUAUGAGGAAUUUUUUAAAGGAGAAUACAAAAUAAUGGAAAACUGUUUUUUAACAGUUGCUUUUAUAUAUUGUUAAUUCAAAAUCAAGCGUGGGAUGUCAGUACAAUAGCAAGUUGGGUUUAAAGCCAACCUCCUCUUCCCAUAGGAAUAUUGAAACUUGCUGCUUAAAAUUUCUUCUGUAUUCUGAUGUUUGCAGAAAGUCUUUAUAUAUUUGCUGAAGCCAUAGUAGACAAAUGGAGGUCAAUUUUUUAAUCAUCUGAGUGGACUUAAUGCACUGAAACUAUGUUGUGAAUGCAAACCCUGGACAAGGAACCUUAAUGUUGGCACCAUUAAAGAGCUUAGGUGGGAGAGGCUGAUGUUUUCUCCUGCAUAGUGAUAGAAAGAGGCCUACUACAUUAGCCAGGGACUAUUGAGAUAACAGAACACCUUGAUUGUGCUUAUUGACAUAGUUGCAGUUGUGUGAUGUAGCAGCUUAUGGGUGCCAUUGUUGCAUCUUGUGUAAAAUAUGUGAGAGAUUGGAUUCUAUGCCCCUGUAACUGGUAAGAUAUACUUCCACUGAUUACUUGAUGUUGCAGUUAGGAUACCAGCACACAUGACACAGAUGUGUCCUAAAGGGAGUAUGCAUAUGGGCCUGGGCAUAGUCUCCAUGUGCAGCAGAAUGAGUUAUAGAAUGGGCUGUCCUAUUUCAAAUUGCUGGUGGGUAAAUGCAUUUUUAGUGAGUAUGUAAAAUGUCCCUCCAAACAACUAUUACACUACUGGGGGGAGGGCAGCUAGACUAACUCUUCACAUGUUGUAUGUGUGCCACUUGCAGUAAAUGAGUAGUAUAGGAAAACUUGUAAAAACAUAAUAUGUCUCCUGCAGUCUGAAGUGGCAUGAGCCACGCUACUGUCUCAGCAGUCUGCCAUUUCAUUCUGCUGCAGAUGUAGAUCUGGUUAUAUCCUUAAUAUCACUUCAGGGUUGACAUGAAGAUCCAUUUGGAUCUGGCUGCUAGGCAGAAUCUAUGGGUUUGCACAGAAGUUAAAAAUUGGAGUUCAAAUUGGAGAGCCCCCUGUCCCUAAAUGAGAAAACAAGUUUUCAUGUUAAUUUGUUUAUAUGAGAACUAACCCACCUCUUCAUUGUAUCACAGAUGUGUUAGUGUCUAAUUUCUGUUCACUAUAUAUAAUUUUUGAACACUGAUCAUAAUCAAGUGUCCUAUACCUAAUAAAUCAAACUUUGUUAAUA